AUGCUCAUCUUCUCCCUCGCCGUGCUCUUAGUGGUACGCGGUCUUGUCAUCUGUGCAGCUCAGGCGAUUGAAAACGACUAUCCUAGCGACGAGCCGCUCUACACCGGAUUAUACAAGGACCCAACUUUAACCACGUCAGAGUACUGUGUUCUGGUGAUCCCGCCAUGCUUGACAGAAGCCGACCGCUACAGUCUGGAGGCACUGAGACACAUCCACCGGGAAAUGGAUGAUGAUCAGGAUGGAGGCAUCGAAGUGGAGGAGAGUGUGGAGUUCAUUAUUGAGGACAUGCAGCAGCAGCAGCAGGCAAACAAGCACAGUAAACUGCACAGAGAGGAUCAGCACAUCACAGUGGAGGAGCUCUGGAGGGGCUGGAAGUCCUCUGAAGUUCAUAACUGGACCCAGGAGGAGGUGUUGCGCUGGCUGAAGGAGUUCGUAGAACUUCCUCAGUAUGCCAAGAACUUCCGAGAGCUACAUGCUAAUGGUAACACUCUGCCAAGGAUUGCAGCCAAUGAGCCUUCUUUCAUGAGCACCCAUCUGAAGAUCCAGGACCAGCAGCACAAACACAAACUCAAACUGAAGGCUCUUGAUGUGGUUCUGUUUGGGCCGCCCACACGUCCCCCCCAUAACUGGAUGAAAGACCUGCUGCUCAUCGUGUCUGUGGUGAUGGGGGUUGGAGGGUGCUGGUUUGCUCAGCUGCAGAACAAGGCAUCCAAAGAGCACAUCUCUAAGAUGAUGAAGGAUCUGGAGAGUCUGCAAAGAGCUGAGGAGAGUCUGAGAGAUCUUCAGGAGCAGUUGGAGAGGGCACAGGAGGAGAAACGGACCGUCGCCGUGGAGAAACAAAACCUGGAGGAGAAGAUGAGGGACGAGAUCCAGGGUGCGCAGGAGGAGGCCAAUCGGCUGCAGGAGCUGAGAGAAGGAGCUGUUAGCGAGUUAAGUCGGCUACGCUACGCAGAGGAGGAACUGGAGCAAGUGCGCGGGGCCCUGAAGAGGGCGGAGCAGGACAUGCAGGCCAGCUGGUCCAUCCCCGAGUCUCUUCAGCUCUGGCUGCAGCUAACGCACGAGGUGGAGGUCCAGUACUACAACGUGAAAAAGCAGAGCGCCGAGCAGCAGCUCGCCACUGCUAAGGAGGAGGCUGAGAAGAUCAAGAAGAAAAGGAGUUCUGUUCUGGGGACCCUUCAUGUAGCACAUAGCUCCUCUUUGGAUCAAGUUGACCACAAGAUCUUGGAAGCCAAGAAUGCACUGGCAGAGGUGACUGCCUGCCUCAGAGAGCGCCUGCACAGGUGGCAGCAUAUUGAGAAACUAUGUAAUUUCCCUGUGAUGAAGAACGCUGGAAUAGCUGCCCUCACUGCGACCCUGUACCCCGACCCAAACUGGAUGCUGAUGCCCCGUGUUGCGGUGCCCUCCUACCCUAUGCACGCUGGAGCAGACAGCCUGGAAGAGGACAUGCCUUCCAUAAUACCACAGAUACCUGUUUCGUCAAUAAAACGUUCCCCACGAUCGCUCGUCCAGUCCCGCCGAACUGGCCACAUUGUUCCAACCCCCGUUAUACUGUCACCUGAUCCCGACCUCCUGAUCCCCAUUCGGGCUCCACUACCCAGAUACGCCGAGGAAGAGCAGGAUCACAUCUUCAUGGCCCCGAUAAUGAAACAGGAGUGCUUGGAUAUGCCUGAUGCAGAGUCCGUUGGUGCCCCUGUAAGUAGGAUUUACACAAACCCUGUGCUUGACGCACCUCCUCGGAGAAUGUACCGUGAUGAGGUCUUCAGUUCGGAGGAGCAGGAGGACUCCCCGUCACGUAAAAUACUGAGAGAGGAGAUUGAAGAUUCUCUUCGGAGUCCCUCCUGGAAAUUAUCGAGAGAUGAUCUGAAUAUGGAAAUGCCAGUGAGGAAGACAUCUAGAGAAGAGCUUGAGGCUUCCAGGGACCCCCUCACAAGAAUACCAGACACUGAUGAGGAUAAUGUUUUUAUGGACCCCCGGAGUAUGAUGAAGGAUAAGACAGAUGUGUCUGUAGAUGCGCUAUUAGGUAACAUAAGUGAAGAGCCGUUAGAUUUUCCCACAGACACCAGUUCUGCAGUGACAUACAGGGAUGAGGUCGACACUACAAUGGACACCCAAAGACGAAAAAUGUUUAGAGACAGGAAGGACCUCUUUGGGGACAGCACCUACCAAAAGUUACCUCGAGAUGAUCUUGAAUUUUCUAUGGAUUCCCAGAGAGGUAGUAAGACAGUAAGGGAUGUUGAUUUUUCAAUGGACAGUACCAGCAGAAAGAUGCUUAAAGAUGACUUUGACCUCUCCGUUGAUGUCCCUAGAGGAAGGAUUUUUCGGGAGGUCGGUAAGGAUACUGCCUCCUGUAAGAUUAAUAGAGAUGAGUCUGAAACCCCUGUUGACAACCUAAGAGGAAAGCUAUUCAGAGAUAAGAAAGACAUACUUAUGGAGAGAAAAGAACUGGACCUUUCCGUAGAAUCACAAAGAGGGAAGAUAUUCAGGGACUCUUCAGUAGAUAGUGCAUGUAGAAAAAUACCUGGGGAUAAAUUUGACAUGUUGUCAGAUAGUCAGAGAGGAAAGUCAUUUAGAGAGAGGGGUGUUACCACGGACACAGCUUCCAGAAAAAUAUCCAGAGAAGAGCCUGAGCUUGCCACAGAGAGGCGCAGAAUGUUCAGGGAUCUCAGGUUUGACAGUUCCAUCGACACACCAACAGGAAAAAUCCCCAGAGAAGUGUUGGACACGUCCAUGGAAAUUCCCAGGCGUAAAAUAUCCCAUGAUGAGUCAGUGGUAAUGGAAGCAGAGCGCUCUGGCCAGCCAGACCUCACUGUGAGUUCACUGGCGCUAUGGAAACAGCCACCAGAUCCCCUGAGUAGGCUUGUUUAUGAUGGCAUUCUGGAGAAAUCUUACCAGAGCACUCAAAACAUUGCCUUAUCAGAUGACCAUAAUCUUGCUGCAGCCAUCUCAAGCUCUUCCCAAAGUCUGUUUGGAGGUGAAGGGCUUAGUAGGGCAUCUCAACCGCCUGGCGAUUCACCUCCUGAACAUAGUGGUGCAGAAAAGCCCAAGAAAUCGUCCAAGUUCAAGAAUCUGUUCAAGAAGAAAAGGGAUAAGGACACACACAAGGAACACCAGCAGGGCGGGUUGCAAAAACUUUAA